AUGUUGCCAGUUCUGGCGGCUCUUCAAAUUAUAAGUUUUUCCUAUGGCCAGUACCAAAGUACAACAGAGGUUAAAAAAUCUUUUUCACACUGCGAGGACAUCAUCAAAGAUCCCGACUCCAAUCUGGCCCUCAGUUUUCAAUGCCUCGUAGCUAACUACAAUUUAACUGCUACCCUUGAGGAUGUUUUGUUCAAAAUGGAUCAGAUUCAGAAGCAUUUGAAUCGAAUUUCCCUGGAGGAGCUGACAUACAAGCCAUCGCCUUUUAAAAAUAUAGAUGAUAUUCUGGAGAUGUCAGUUGAUAUUUCCAAAACAGAUUGCCAGACAAGGCAACAAAUUCUGCAAGGCAUACGUCGAAAACUGGAAUGGCAUAAUCUGAUGAAUGAAAAGGCAACCACACUCUUUGCCUGGCCUACGGAAUCGAGUAUACAUAAUCCCCAGAUUUCCCAACAAUAUUCAAAAAUUCAACGAAGGGCCGAACACUCAAAUGUUUUGAGUGAAGUGCGUUGCCUGCUGGCAAAGGCCAUUGAACUAAAAGUAUCUUAUGCUGAUUUUAACGACGAAUUCUAAAAAUGCACUUAGAAAAGGCUUCAAAGAUGCUUUCUCUCACUUAUAUUUUAAUAAUAUAUAUAUAUGGUACUCCCUACUACUGUAAAAGCUGAGUCCCGCAAUCUUUUAUAAUUAUUUUUAUUGAAAUAUACUUCUGCA